AUGUCUGCUCCCCAGGUUCCCAAGAAGCAGAUGGCCCAGGUCGUCGAGACCGUCGGCCAGCGCCCUGUCUACAAGGAGAUCGAUGUCCAAGAGCCCGGUCCCGAUGAGGUCCUCGUCCACGUCAAGUACUCCGGUGUCUGCCACACCGACCUCCACGCCAUGCAGGGCGACUGGCCCCUGCCCGUCAAGAUUCCCCUUGUCGGUGGCCACGAGGGUGCUGGUACCGUUGUCAAGACCGGUUCGCUCGUCCAGGACGUCCAGAUUGGCGACGACGUCGGCAUCAAGUGGUUGAACGGCUCCUGCCUUGCCUGCGACUUCUGCCAGCAGGCCGACGAGUCCCUCUGCCCUAAGGCCCUCCUCUCCGGCUACACGGUCGACGGUUCCUUCCAGCAGUACGCCAUCGCCAAGGCUGCCCACGUUGCACGGAUACCCAAGGGCAGCGAUCUCGCCGCCAUUGCCCCCGUCCUGUGCGCCGGUAUCACCGUCUACAAGGGUCUCAAGGAGGCUGGCGUGCGCGCUGGUCAGACCGUCGCCAUUGUCGGUGCCGGUGGUGGUCUCGGUUCCCUUGCCCUGCAGUACGCCAAGGCUAUGGGCAUCCACACCAUCUCCAUUGAUGCUGGUGAUGACAAGAAGGCCAUGUGCGAGAGCAUGGGCACCACCGCCUUCGUCGACUUCUCCAAGAGCUCCAACGUCGUCAAGGAUGUGCAGGCUGCCACCGUCGACGGCCUUGGUCCCCACGCCGUCAUCCUGCUCGCCGUUGCUGAGAAGCCCUUCCAGCAGGCCGCUGAGUACGUCCGUCCUCGUGGCUCCGUCGUCUGCAUUGGUCUGCCCGCCGGUGCUUACCUGAAGGCUCCUGUCUUCGACACCGUCGUCCGCAUGAUCUCCAUCAAGGGUUCGUACGUCGGCAACCGCAAGGAUACCGCCGAGGCUCUUGACUUCUUCGCUCGUGGCAUGAUCAAGGCUCCCUUCAAGGUUGUCGGUCUGUCUCAGCUCAACGAGGUCUACGACCUCAUGAAGAAGGGCGCCAUUGCCGGUCGCUACGUCCUCGACACCUCCAAAUAG